AUGUUCAAAGCCACCCGCGCCCUCUCCAUGCAGCCAACUCGUAUGUUGGCCAUGCAGCCGACACGCAUGGCGGCCAUGCAACCUACGCGCAUGAUGGCCAUGCGCCAGAGCCCCCAGCUCAUGAUGAGGCAGACAAUGGGCCUGCGCAACCCCGUCCCCAAGGAGGAGCACGGCGCCCACACCGUAUCCCAGCGCAUCCGCCAGCUCAAGAACAUCCCCACUGAGAUCUGGCCUCUGAUCGUCGUCCUCGCCAUCGCCGUCGGCAUGGCCUUCUUCUCCAUCACCCGGAAACUCUGGGUCGACAAGACGCUCCGUCUCAAGCGACAGGGCAAGCAGGACUAG